CAGUCGCGGUACAGGCGGCUGGCGGGCGGGCGCUUAGCGGUUUGAAUGGCUGAGGGCCCGGUCCCUCAGUUCACUUGAGGACCAGCUGCCCAGGGAGAGCUAUGCCGUCUGGAGGCGACCAGUCACCGCCUCCCCCGCCUCCUCCACCGGCGGCGGGAGCCUCGGAUGAGGAGGAGGAUGACGACGGCGGAGCCGAAGACGCCGCGCAGCCGGCUGGGUCGCCGACCCCUCAGAUCCUGCAGCGGUUCGAGGAACUGUGCAGCCGUCUUAACAUGGACGAGGCGGCGCGGGCGGAGGCCUGGGACAGCUACCGGAGCAUGAGCGAGAGCUACACGCUGGAGGGCAAUGAUCUUCACUGGUUAGCAUGUGCCUUAUAUGUGGCUUGCAGAAAAUCUGUUCCAACUGUGAGCAAAGGGACUGUUGAAGGGAACUAUGUAUCCCUAACUAGAAUCUUACGAUGUUCACAGCAGAGCUUGAUUGAAUUUUUUAACAAAAUGAAAAAGUGGGAAGACAUGGCAAACCUACCCCCCCAUUUCAGAGAACGUACUGAGAGGUUGGAAAGAAACUUCACUGUUUCUGCUGUAAUUUUUAAGAAAUAUGAACCUAUUUUUCAAGAUAUUUUCAAAUAUCCCCAAGAGGAACAACCUCGUCAACAAAGAGGAAGAAAACAGAGGCGACAGCCCUGUACCGUGUCUGAAAUCUUCCAUUUUUGUUGGGUGCUUUUUAUAUAUGCAAAAGGUAAUUUUCCUAUGAUUAGUGAUGAUUUGGUCAAUUCUUACCAUCUUCUGCUGUGUGCUUUGGACUUAGUGUAUGGAAAUGCUUUACAGUGUUCCAAUCGUAAAGAACUUGUGAACCCUAACUUUAAAGGCCUAUCUGAAGAUUUUCACACCAAGGAUUCUAAACCUUCCUCUGAUCCACCUUGUGUCAUUGAGAAACUCUGUUCUUUACAUGAUGGCCUGGUUUUGGAAGCAAAGGGAAUAAAGGAACAUUUCUGGAAACCUUAUAUUAGGAAACUUUAUGAAAAAAAGCUCCUCAAAGGAAAAGAAGAAAAUCUUACUGGCUUUCUAGAACCUGGGAAUUUUGGAGAGAGUUUUAAAGCCAUCAAUAAGGCCUAUGAGGAGUAUGUUUUAUCUGUUGGAAAUUUAGAUGAACGGAUAUUUCUUGGAGAGGAUGCCGAGGAAGAAAUUGGGACUUUGUCACGAUGUUUGAACACUGGUUCAGGAACGGAGAGUGCUGAAAGAGUGCAGGUGAAAAACAUCUUGCAGCAGCAUUUUGACAAGUCUAAAGCACUUAGAAUCUCCACACCACUCACUGGUGUGAGGUACAUUAAGGAGAACAGCCCUUGUGUGACCCCAGUUUCUACAACUAUGCACAGCUUGAGUCGUCUUCACACCAUGCUGUCAGGCCUCAGGAAUGCACCAAGUGAGAAACUAGAACAGGUUCUCAGGACAUGUUCCAGAGAUCCAACCCAGGCUAUUGCUAAUAGAUUGAAAGAAAUGUAUGAAAUAUAUUUCCAGCAUACCCAGCCAGAUGAGGAAUUCAGUAAUUGUGCUAAAGAAAUUGCCAGCAAACACUUUCGUUUUGCGGAGAUGCUUUAUUAUAAAGUAUUAGAGUCUAUUAUCGAGCAGGAACAGAAGAGACUGGGAGCCACAGAUUUGUCUGGUAUUCUGGAACAAGAUGCAUUCCAUAGAUCGCUUUUGGCUUGCUGUCUUGAGGUCAUCACUUUUUCUUACAAGCCUCCAGGGAAUUUUCCAUUUAUUACUGAAAUAUUUGAUGUACCACUUUAUCAUUUUUAUAAGGUAAUAGAAGUAUUUAUUAGAGCAGAAGAUGGGCUUUGUAGAGAGGUAGUAAAACACCUUAAUCAGAUUGAAGAACAGAUCUUAGAUCAUUUGGCAUGGAAACUAGAGUCCCCACUCUGGGAUAAAAUUAGAGAUAAUGACAACAGAGUUCCUACAUGUGAAGAGGUCAUGCCACCUCAGAACUUGGAAAGAGCAGAUGAAAUUUGUAUUGCUGGCUCCCCUUUGACUCCUAGAAGGGUGAGUGAAGUUCGUGCUGAUGCUGGAGGCCUUGGAAGAAGUAUGACAUCUCCAACUACACUAUAUGAUAGAUACAGCUCCCCAACAGUCAGCACUACCAGAAGGCGGCUGUUUGAGAAUGACAGCCCCUCUGAUGGAGGAACACCUGGACGCAUUCCCCCACAACCCUUGGUCAAUGCUGUCCCUGUGCCGAGUGUAUCUGGGGAGGCAGUUUCUGUCACACCAGUUCCUGGACAGACCUUGGUCACUGUGGCAACAGCCACUGUCACAGCCAACAAUGGACAAACAGUGACCAUUCCUGUACAAGGUAUUGCCAAUGAAAAUGGAGGGAUAACGUUCUUUCCAGUCCAAGUCAACGUCGGAGGGCAGGCACAAGCUGUGACAAGCUCCAUUCAGCCCCUCAGUGCUCAGGCCCUGGCUGGAAGCCUGAGUUCUCAACAGGUCACAGGAACAACCUUGCAAUUGUCCAGUCAAGUGGCCAUUCAACAGAUUUCCCCAGGUGGACAACAACAGAAACAAGGCCAGGCUUUAACCAGCAGCAGCAGUAGACCUAAGAUGACCAGCUCUCUAUCACUGUUCUUUAGAAAGGUUUACUACUUAGCAGGUGUCCGCCUUCGGGAUCUUUGUGCUAAACUGGAUAUUUCAGAUGAACUCAGGAAAAAAAUCUGGACCUGCUUUGAAUUCUCCAUGAUUCAGUGUCCUGAACUUAUGAUGGACAGACAUCUGGACCAGUUGUUAAUGUGUGCCAUUUAUGUCAUGGCAAAGGUAACAAAAGAUGACAAGUCCUUCCAGAAUAUCAUGCGAUGUUAUAGGACUCAGCCCCAGGCCAGGAGCCAGGUAUAUAGAAGUGUUUUGAUAAAAGGGAAAAGGAAAAGAAGAAAUUCUGGCAGCAGUGAUAGCAGAAGCCAUCAGAAUUCUCCAACAGAACUAAAUAAAGAUAGAACCAGUAGAGACUCCAGUCCCAUCAUGAGGUCCAGCAGCACCUUGCCAGUUCCACAGCCUAGCAGUGCCCCUCCUACACCUACUCGUCUCACAGGUGCCAACAGUGACAUGGAGGAGGAAGAGAGAGGAGACCUUAUUCAGUUCUACAACAACAUCUACAUAAAACAAAUCAAAACAUUUGCCCUAAAGUACUCACAAGCAAACACAAUGGAUGCUCCUCCACUCUCUCCCUAUCCAUUUGUAAAAACAGGCUCCCCUCGCCGAAUACAGUUGUCUCAAAAUCAUCCUGUCUACAUUUCCCCACAUAAAAAUGAAAUGACACUUUCUCCUCGAGAAAAGAUUUUUUACUACUUCAGCAACAGUCCAUCAAAGAGACUGAGAGAAAUUAACAGUAUGAUACGGACAGGAGAAACUCCAACCAAAAAGAGAGGGAUUAUUUUGGAAGAUGGAAGUGAAUCGCCUGCAAAAAGAAUUUGUCCUGAAAAUCAUUCUGCCUUAUUACGCCGUCUCCAAGACGUAGCUAAUGACCGAGGUUCCCACUGAGGUUAGUUUCUGGUAUUGA